AUGGUAACGAGAACAUGUCUUGAUAUUGUUGCAGUAGAAGGGGCGUCCUCUGAGGAUAACUGCAGUUACCAGUAUCUUUUAAAACACCUGAACCUGAGUCUAUCCAAUAAAAAUGAUCUGUACACCAUGUCACGGCCUGUUAAAAACUACGAGACGACUACAAAUGUAUCAAUGGAAAUGAUCAUCUCUGCCAUCCUAGAUAUGAGAGAGAGUGACCAGACUUUCAUUUCUAACGUUUGGAUUUUUAUGGAGUGGAAGAAUGAACACAUUGGAUGGGAGCCAGACGACUUUUGCGGUAUUUACCGUAUAGUGGUUCCUGCUGAUAUUUUGUGGAAGCCAGAUCUCACCAUUCAAGAGAUGUCAGAGUCAUACAAGGCCUUUCAAAGUCCUUAUCUCAUAAUUUUCCCUGAUGGUUCUGUUACAUCUUGGAGCCCUCAGGUGCUAGUCAGCGCCUGCAAGAUGCAAGUCCACAAAUUCCCCUUCGACAUGCAGACCUGUAACAUUUCGUUCAGGUCUAUCACUCACACUGAUGAGGAACUGAACCUUGAAGCCACCUUUAACUCUACAGAGGCCACAGAGUGGUCUCGUGAAGUGAUGAAGACCCAGUACGAGUGGCUUUACGUCAACAUGAGCACCACCCAGACAACUAUUGAAUCCUUUAACUUUCGCCAAAGCAUGAUCGUUUACACCAUCACAAUGAAGAGGCGAUCAGUCCUCUACAUUGUCAACUUCUUGCUGCCUAUCCUGUUCUUCUUGUGUCUGGACUUUUCCUCCUUCCUGAUCUCAGACAAUGGGGGUGAGAAGCUGAGCUUCAAGAUCACUGUGCUGCUCGCUGUCACUGUGAUGCAGAUUAUUCUCAAUGAAAUCCUGCCUUCUUCAUCAAAUAGGGCUCCACUUAUAGCGGUCUACUGCGUUGGAAUUUUUGGUUUGAUGCUGCUCAGCCUCCUGGAGACCAUUGUUGUGAUGUAUCUGAUGGAGAAAGACUCUGAAUCCCGAGACAACGAGGCAGACAGAGACCAAAGCGUGAAUGAGGACUGUGGGGACAAACAUGGCAAAGCGAAAUUCAUCUGUAAUGGAGAGAAGAAGAAAUGGACUCUUGCAUGCAUCUCUGAUGCGUCUGCGGAUGAAACUCCAUCUGAACUGCUGAAGGGUAGCAGCAGCCAACUGACAGAGGAGACACAUGGCGCUGAAAAGCUCUCAGAUGAUCUAAGGGAGGUGAUGAAAACACUGGCUCUGCUCCAUGACAGCAAGAAGGAAGAGGUGAAGCCUGGCUACUGGACCAGAAAGACUAAGACAAUCAACAAAGUUUUCUUCAUUUUCUACUUGAUAGCUUCCUGUGUGUUUUUAGUGUUUAUGUUUUCCGGAUGGUGGACUGAUGACUGA